AUGAUUGUUAACUCAAAGAUAGAAAUUAUCUCUGAGAAUCACCUCAAUAAAAGUUCUGAGAGACAGACUCUCGCCAUAACAGAUAGUCUUAGUACAAAUACGUCGGCCUUAGUUAAUAUGGCACACAUAGAUACAACAUCUCGAUGUCCAAUUUGCUCUGAUGUUGCAAAUGAUGACACAAUUAACUGUGACACUUGUCUUGAAUGGUUUCAUUACUCAUGUGUUCAACUAAACAAAUCUAAGGUGGACAAAAUACCAGCAAUAGCACCAUUCACAUGCCCGUUAUGUUGUAAUGACCUUUUACAUACAAACACUUCUAGUACAAUUGAGACUUUGUGUAUACCAACAGAUGAACCGAUACCUUCUAUACCGUCUUCAGCUAACAUAAACUUACCUUCAAGUGGCGUUAUAUCAAACAUAUCUACAUCUUCAUCUUCUAGUGUUCUUAAGUCAUCUAUAUCAGUUGCUAACUCUGUGCCAUAUGUUAUUCCAACAACAACUAGUUCAAAUUUUAGUACUGCAUGUCUGACUUCUACUCUUCAUCAAAUACAAUCAACUUCCAGUUGUAAUACAACAAAUACAACCUCAGUAUCAUCAGGUGCAAUAUCAUCUAUCAUAUCACCAAUUAAAAGCAAGAAGAAAGCUCCAAAUAAAUUAAUGUUAGAGAAUGAUAAUCUUAGAUCUUUUAUCAUAGAACUUGAGCAGAAAAUUAAUGAUCAAGAGAGAACUAUAAAUUUGCUAAAAUCUGCAAAAACCCAGUAA